AGUCAGACCAAUUUACGACAUGACAGUCGAUAUCAUUUUAGCCCUCAGUUGACUCUCAAAGUUCUUACGAGGGAACCCCUAGGUGCUUGCCGAAGACGUUGCGUAUGUCUGUUGCAGAACGUUUAGUCAGCGCUAAGUCAGCAUUGACAGCGGUACUUACCGCUGUGACACAGGACUGACACAGGUCGUAGACGUGUCUCAAGGCAUCGAAUCCGAUUGGCCUGUUGACGUCAUCGCCCUUGGUCAUAGCUUGCUAUUUAUUAUCGUAGAACAAGGUGAUGUAGUACAACCAAUUCUCUAGAACUCUACGCACUUACCGUGUAUCACUAAACGCACAACUGACAUUUGGACAUGGCUCAACGUAUUGUAGCUGUUUUUGGCGCAACUGGUACUCAAGGCGCUUCUGUUGUCGACGCACUGCUUGCAGAUGGAACUUUCAAGCCUCGAGCAAUCACUAGAAGUAGCUCAUCUGAUGCAGCGCAAGAACUCAAGAAUCGGGGUGCGGAAGUUGUCCAAGCAGAUCUAUUGGACGUCGAAUCGAUCAAGAGAGCUGUUUCCGGCUGCGAAUGUGUCUUUGGUGUGACGGAUUACACCGCUCUUCGCGAAAAGGGUUAUAGGAUUGAAGAGCAGGUUGGAAAGUCUCUGGUUGAUGCUGCUAAGGAGGCUGGCGUUCGUUUCUUCGUUUGGAGCUCGUUGCCAAACGUUACGAAAAUUUCAGGUGGGAAGUAUCCUAACGUCUAUCACUUUGACAACAAAGCCGCCGUUGAAGAUUAUCUCAAAGCAUCUGGGCUUCCUAACGCUUCUGUCCAAACCGGAUACUUUGCAGAAAACCUCUGGAAAAUCCACGCGUUGCGCAAAGUCGCCUCAGGUUAUGAGCUCUCAUCCCCAAUUAAGACGGCAAGCUCCCACACCAAUAUUUCAUGGAUUGGACAUGAUCUCGGAGCCUCUGUGCUUGUUCUUUUCAAAAACUAUGAAUCUCGCCAAGCUGAAGUAUUGGGUCAAACGUUCUACGUUAUGUCAGAAACUAUGACGUAUCAAGAUUUCGCUCAAAAGCUGGAAAAUGCUUUUGGUGUACCGGUCAAAUUCGUAUCGGGUCCCAAGACAGGAAUAGUUGAAUUGAAUGAGAUGAUUCAGGCGGAUGAUGAAUUUGCGAUCUACGCUGGCGCUGAGAUUCCUGACUCUCGUCUCAUGAAACUUGGGGUUAAAUUCGGUUCGGUCCAGGAGUUUGCGGAGUCGGUGAAGAGCAAAUACGUUUAGAAGGAACAUGUGGAAUAUAUUAGUUCAUUCGGACAAGCUGUAAAUCAUAUAUAUGGGAAAUGAAAGUGCUGUUACUACU